GCAGGCUGGGAGACACCAUGGAGGGGAACUUCAUUGGGAAAGAAGAUUACAAGCAGCAUUUUGCUCCCAAAGACUACAUCAAAACCUACUACUCUCUGAGCUCUGACUGCUAUGCAGAAAACACCAUUUUAACUUUCUCUCUGAAAAACCUCCACAGGGCCUUCGUUUCAGGUGGCAUUAAAGGAGACACCCUGAUUGAUAUCGGAAGCGGACCCACCAUCUACCAGUUCCUCUCUGCCUGCGAGUCCUUCCGAGAGAUCAUCGCCACAGAUUAUACCGACCAGAACCGGGAGGAGAUGCAGCGGUGGCUGAGGAAGGAGCCGGGAGCUUUUGACUGGUCCUCGGUGGUGAAAUAUGCAUGUGAGCUGGAGGGGGACAGGGAGAAAUGGAUUGAAAAGGAAGAGAAGGUCAGAAGGACCAUCAAGCAAGUCCUCAAAUGUGACCUGACCCAAGCCAAUCCUCUUGCUCCCUUGGAGUUGCCUCCUGCCGAUUGUGUCCUUUCUCUCCUCUGCCUGGAAUCAGCGUGUGAAGAUCUGCCAACCUACUGCUCAGCCCUAAAGAACAUCAGUUCUCUCGUGAAGCCAGGAGGGCAUCUUCUCUUAGUGACAUCUCUGGAAGCAACCUUCUACAUGGUUGGCCAGAAUCGCUUCUUCUGCCUCUAUCUGGAGCAAGAAACUGUUGAUGAUGCUGUGAGAGGGGCUGGCUUUGAUAUUGUUUGGACUGAUUUGAACCGAGUGAGUUAUUCACUGGACGUGUCCAACAAUCGAGGCAUGUAUGUCCUGGUAGCCCAGAAACGGCAAUGAAAUGAAGGACCCUGCGCAGCAAAGGAAAAGGAAACAAAAACGAGACCAUUCCAUUGAACGAUUCUGGUGUGUUAGAAAAUGAACAGGAUCGAAGGGAUUCAAUUGCAUUUAAGUAUAAGCUGAUUCAGGAGGAAAAAUGAGUAUAGGAUAUUAUUUGUGUAAAGGGACUGCACAUUUAAUAGAAGAUUUUUUCUUUUUUUCUGCUCUCUUUGAGAUUUAAUUAAUAAAGCAUGAAGAAUUCUAAA